GAUGUGUCUUUGAAAUGUUGUCAGAGGAGAAAUAUUUUGAGAUUUUUGUUUUGAUCUUCAUUUAAAGAGAAAUCGAUCGUGUAAGAUGUCAAAAAAUGACACUAAAAUUAUUUUAUAUGUCGAUUUCACCUCCAUCGCGAGCAGUUUUGUUAACUCUUCGAAAUUUAAAUAUUAAUGUUGACGUAAAAGAAAUAAAUUUGCUGAAAGGAGAACAUUUAACAGAAGAGUUUCUGAAACUCAAUCCAGUUCAUCAAGUUCCUGUACUUGCCGAUGAUGACUUCACUCUCAGUGAAUCGAGAGCAAUUAUGACGUAUCUUGUGAACUCAAGACAACCAGGAUGUUCGCUAUAUCCUCGUGAUCCAAAGAGACAAGCAAUUAUCGAUCAAAGACUUUACUACGAUGCUACUGUCGUGUUUGAAAGAAAUGCUGUGGCAAUUAGACCAGCAUAUGCUUAUUCAGUUGAUCCAGUUCCAAAAGAUAUCAAAGAUAAAAUAAAGCAAUCGAUGACAACUUUAAAUACUUUCCUUGAAAACAGUUCUUGGUUUGCUGGAUCUGAUGUGACAUUAGCUGAUUUAUCAAUAUUGGCUAAUGUUUCCCAAAUAAAGGCUUGUGGUUACAAUAUUUCAAAUCAUUCGAAUUUAUUAAAAUGGUUCAAUAAAUGCAAAGAUCUUCCAGGUUUUGAAGAAAAUCAAAAAGCAGCAGAUGAUGUUGGUAAGUUCUUCAAAUCUCAAAUUCCAAAUGGACUCGAAUAGUGAUUUGAUAUUCAUGAAUUUCAAUUUACGAUAAUUUUAUUAAUAAAAUGUAAACAAAAUGUUUAUCAGUUU